AGAGAGAAAAAAGGUCGUGCGCUUAAUUUAAUAGUUAAUACAACAGCUAGGCGCUGCGCGUUUGUUUACGGCUGUCUGUUCUCCAUAUCGUGCGUGCGACUCUGCGUGAGCAGCAUCAGCAUUUGUGUGCAUUAUCUCUGCAACAGCGCUCUGUUUCUGCAUUAUCUGCAGACCGUUUGAGUGAAACCGAAAGUAGAAUAUUGAGAUAUACCAAGAAUUAAGAGGCUAGAAGCUAGAAGCCAGAAGCCACUUGCUGACUGAUCAUCAUUCGGCCACCAGCCAGCCCCACAGUAAGAGCUGUAGGAGAAGCAUCCGGAACAGGAGCAGCAGCCGCAGCAGCAGCAGCAGCAGCAGGUGGAGGUGCUUUUUGGGCAGCAGCAGCAGUAGUUCUUGUGGCGGAGGUGGAGCGGCGGUGCGCGCCUCUGUGACCCGUGACCCGAGUCCAACAUGUCUUCGCCAGCGGCUCAGAGCAACAGCAGCCAGUCGCAGUCGCCAGCGUCGGCCCAGCAGCAACAGAAUCAAAAGGCGAACAACGCAAACAACACACAUGACAACAAGAAUGCCUCGGCGACGACGGGGACGGCGGCAGCAGCAGCCGCAGCAGCAGCAGCCGCAGCCGCAGCCACAGCAGCCUCCACAACAUCGCCAGCAUCGACAGGUGGCGGCGGAACACCACAGAGCCCCACAAAACGGAGCACAAUAUCGACCAAGGAGCGGGUGAUCGAUAGCGUACCGUUUCCGCCAAGCCGCAAACUCACCUGCGCGGACGUGUUCGACCCGCGGACCGGGAAGCCACAGCACGAUGUACUUAAGCAGCAUUUCAUACUGGAGGGGCGCAUCGAGGAGAGCGCCGCGCUGCGCAUCAUCCAGGAUGGGGCCACGCUGCUGCGCCAGGAGAAGACCAUGAUCGACAUCGAGGCGCCGGUGACGGUCUGCGGGGAUAUUCAUGGACAGUUCUACGACCUGAUGAAGCUAUUCGAGAUCGGCGGCUCGCCGGCCACCACAAAGUAUCUCUUCCUGGGCGACUACGUGGACCGAGGCUACUUCAGCAUCGAGUGCGUGCUGUAUCUGUGGUCGCUGAAGAUCACCUAUCCGCAGACGCUGUUCCUGCUGCGCGGCAACCACGAGUGCCGGCACCUGACCGAGUACUUCACCUUCAAGCAGGAGUGCAAGAUCAAGUACUCGGAGCGCGUUUACGACGCGUGCAUGGACGCGUUCGACUGCCUGCCGCUGGCGGCGCUCAUGAACCAGCAGUUCCUGUGCGUGCACGGCGGCCUGUCGCCGGAGAUACACGAGCUGGAGGAUAUACGGCGGCUCGACCGCUUCAAGGAGCCACCCGCCUUUGGCCCCAUGUGCGACCUGCUGUGGUCCGAUCCGCUGGAGGACUUUGGCAACGAGAAGAACUCGGACUUCUACACGCACAACUCGGUGCGCGGCUGUUCGUACUUCUACAGCUAUGCCGCCUGCUGCGACUUCCUGCAGAACAACAAUCUGCUGUCGAUCAUCCGGGCGCACGAGGCGCAGGACGCCGGCUACCGCAUGUACCGCAAGAGCCAGACCACCGGUUUCCCCUCGCUGAUCACCAUCUUCUCGGCGCCCAACUAUCUCGAUGUGUACAACAACAAGGCGGCUGUGCUGAAGUACGAGAACAACGUGAUGAACAUCAGGCAGUUCAACUGCUCGCCGCACCCCUACUGGCUUCCCAACUUCAUGGACGUGUUCACCUGGUCGCUGCCCUUCGUGGGCGAGAAGGUCACCGAGAUGCUGGUGAACGUGCUGAACAUCUGCUCCGACGACGAGCUCAUGACCGAGGAGAGCGAGGAGCCGCUCUCUGACGACGAGGCGGCGGCGCGCAAGGAGGUCAUACGCAACAAGAUCCGUGCCAUUGGCAAGAUGGCGCGCGUCUUCUCCGUGCUGCGCGAGGAGUCCGAGAGUGUGCUCCAGCUGAAGGGCCUGACGCCGACGGGCGCCCUGCCCCUUGGCGCCCUCUCUGGUGGCAAGCAGUCGCUCAAGAAUGCCAUGCAGGGCUUCUCGCCCAACCACAAGAUUACCUCGUUCGCGGAGGCCAAGGGCCUCGAUGCCGUCAACGAGCGGAUGCCGCCGCGUCGCGAUGCCACACCCUCGCCGGCGGAAGAGGGCCAGAAGACACUGUCGGCGGCGGCAGCAGCAGCUGCCAAUGCAAAUGCGAAUUCAAUCACUGGAUAAUUCUAAGUCGGCAGAACGAUCGGUUGCGUUUGCGGAUCAGCCAUCAGAUCAGGAAGGAGGCUUGGAGGUUUGGAUCUUGGGAUUUUUGGGAUCUUGGGGAGCGGAAGUCAGUUAAUAGUCGAAAGUUAAGUAAACGGUUGGGAGGGAGAACGCGAAUAAAUAGGAAUAAAAUAGUCUCAAUCUCAAGAGAGCGGCUUAGCGCCGCACACACACACGCAGAUACAACCCACACAGCAUACAGAUAUAACGGUAAAUGGCAGAGUUGCACAAGAAACAAGUGGAGUGGAACACAGCGGCAGCUACAAACUGAAACAAAUACAAAAAUUGCAAGAGAAAAGAGGAAACAACAACAGAGCAGCAACAACGCAGAAAACAAUAAAACGAGAGACAAUUUUUUUUUGGGGUUUGGAAGAAGGGAAUGGAAGAGGAUGAUGAAACGUGAAAGGAGAAGAAAGGCCAGCCCGCCCCCACCCCUCCCAGGUGGAUGCUAAUUAUAGAGUGCAGUUGAAAAGGAAAUAUAGCAUUAUUAUACAAUAAAUAUAUUACAUGCAUACAGGCAGACAUGCAUACAUAUGCAUGUGUGUGCAUUUUGUGCAACAUUAUAUCAAAAGAGCAAAUGUAAAAGCUAAGCGAGGCUCGCUCUCUCUUUCACUCUCUUCGACAGCAGCAUUGCCUCUCUCCCCAAGAGAAUUAGUUAAAUUUAAAUUAUAUUUUCCACCUAAUUGUAAAUCGAAUUGAUGAACA